AUAAGGGGGCGGGCUCUGGGCGCCGCGGCGCGCACGCGCUGUGCUGUUGCCGCUGUCGCCUGGCGAGACGGCGGACGCGAUGGCCGGGUCCGCGUGGAUAUCCAAGGUCUCUCGGCUGCUGGGGGCAUUCCACAGCCCAAAACAGGUGACCAGAGGUUUUGCUGGUGGUGUUCAGACAGUAACUUUAAUUCCAGGAGAUGGAAUUGGCCCAGAAAUUUCAGCUGCAGUUAUGAAGAUUUUUGAUGCUGCCAAAGCACCUAUCCAAUGGGAGGAGCGGAAUGUCACUGCCAUUCAGGGACCUGGAGGGAAGUGGAUGAUCCCACCAGAAGCCAAGGAGUCCAUGGAUAAGAACAAGAUGGGCCUGAAAGGCCCUCUGAAGACCCCAAUCGCAGCUGGUCACCCGUCUAUGAAUUUACUGCUGCGUAAAACGUUCGAUCUUUAUGCAAAUGUCCGGCCGUGCAUCUCAAUCGAAGGCUACAAAACCCCUUACACUGAUGUGAAUAUUGUCACCAUUCGAGAGAACACCGAAGGAGAAUACAGUGGGAUUGAGCAUGUGAUUGUUGAUGGAGUUGUGCAGAGCAUCAAGCUCAUCACUGAGGAGGCGAGCAAGCGCAUCGCCGAGUUUGCCUUUGAAUACGCACGGAACAACCACCGAAGCAACGUCACGGCUGUGCACAAGGCCAACAUCAUGAGAAUGUCAGAUGGACUUUUUCUGCAAAAAUGCAGGGAAGUUGCUGAAAAUUGUAAAGAUAUUAAAUUUAAUGAGAUGUACCUUGACACAGUGUGUUUGAAUAUGGUACAAGAUCCGUCCCAGUUUGAUGUCCUUGUUAUGCCAAAUUUGUACGGAGACAUCCUUAGUGACCUGUGUGCCGGAUUGAUUGGUGGUCUCGGCGUGACUCCAAGUGGCAACAUUGGAGCCAACGGGGUGGCCAUCUUCGAGUCGGUUCACGGGACAGCCCCCGACAUUGCGGGCAAGGACAUGGCCAACCCCACUGCCCUCCUGCUCAGUGCGGUGAUGAUGCUGCGCCACAUGGGGCUCUUCGACCAUGCUGCUAGGAUCGAGGCCGCGUGCUUCGCCACGAUCAAGGAUGGAAAGAGUUUAACGAAAGAUUUGGGAGGCAGUUCAAAGUGCUCAGACUUCACAGAAGAAAUCUGUCGCCGAGUGAAAGAUUUAGAUUAACGGUCACCAGUGGUGUAUGCUGCAAUCACUCCUAACGGACGCCGCCUUGUAAACCUCUCCGUAGGCACCUGCCAUUCUGUGUGCAUUUGGUUUGCUUGUUUCUUGACAGCACAUUUUAAAAUCUGGCCUUUUUUUAACCAGUCUGUGCAAAGGAUGCAGGGGGUGUCUCUGACCUGCUUUCAAAGGACUUUUUCCGAGUGCUUGUUUUAUUUAUUAAAUGUCUGUCUGGUAAACAUUGUUUUGUAAACUCCAAGUGGACUGUAUCAUUUGCCAUUGUUAACCAUUUUAUACUUUAGUUUAAAUAAUUUUUCCUCAGCUGUAAAUAUUAUGAUACACAAUUAAUAAGAGAAAACAUGUAACUUUUUAAACAAAAGUCCUAUCUUUCUUUGGUUUAUGAGAAACAUAAUGGAAAUAAAACAGGACAUUGAUAUAAUAGCACAAGAGGACAUUCUUAUAAAGCUUAAAUGGGCACAGGAGAAAUUUCCUGGGAAAGUUCACGUCUAAAACAGCAAAAAUGGUAUAUUUCUUAGCGACAUGGAAAAUAAAGGCAGAUGCUUCCUUUACAUGAAUUAUUAUGAAUAAAAAUUUCAGAUCCAAGAAACAUAACGAGCAAUAUAAUUUUGUUAACAUACAGAUAAUAUAUUAUAUACAAAGUCCCACAUGUAUCUUGUAUUUAAUGAUUUUACUUUGAAGUUCAACACUCCGGCUCCUGGUGAAGCCCUGGGGGGUGCCACCUUCACCCUGGAUACACUGUCGCUGUCCCAUGUCAUCAAGGCCCCCAGCCCUGUGCUACCUGAGCUGGGCCAGGAGCCAACCCUGUCACAUUCCCUCUACCAUCAGUGCAGGGAGGUGGCUCCAUUUGCUGCUACUCCCAGGCAGCACUGCUCAAGGUCUGGUCCCUGGUGUUUCAGCUGUAGUUGAGGAACCAGGGUGCUGGCUAUUGACUUAGCCCCUUUGCCUCCAAAUCAUUGUGCGCUUCAGCCAGUCCCUGCCCUCUGCCUAAGGUGUGACUGCAGAGGGAGUGGACUCAUGAAACAGUUCACCCCACAGCCCCAUCUUCUCAGGCUGUGACUUUCAGCUCCCCUGUCCCCACACCCUUGCCCUGGCUGCAGCAUGAGCAGAUGCACUUUGGCCCCAUAUUAAAGGCAAUGUGUCUUCCCUUGCCCCUGUCAAUUUGCAAACCUGUGGCUUUGCAUAAUGUCCUCAGAUCACAAGGGGAUUUCUUAACAGAUACCCUCGUGUGGGUCAUCUUUUAAGUUUGUAACCAGACCAGCAAUCCUUACGUGUAUUUUAUUUUGUUUAUGCUGCUGCUUCCUUUGUUUUAUUAGAUUGUGCUAAUUACCAGUGGCUCUUGGUUCACAGAAAUAAAGAAUUCCAAAACAA